AUGAGUAUUGCGGUAAAUGUUCAACUAAAUGUCAUCGUGAUUGUCCUAAUCGACAUCACCAUUACCACCAUCGUACCAUAUGUGACGGAUAGCGCAAUUGUUAGCGGUGGUUCCCUCAGAGACGGGGAUGCCAUGAGAAUGUCCCUGAAGGGGAUCGAGAGGACUCUCAGGUACUACCAGGACAACUUCCGGGAGAUGAACAUUGAUGGGAUAUUUGCUUUGAGAUUGAUUCAAGGACAAGUGUCAUCUCUGAAGAUGUACCUACAGGCUAACAUCCACAACGAUGAAGAUUUGAAAUAUUUAAAAAGACUCGAACACAUUGCCCUCCUAUCAGAAAAAAUUGCAAACAAGUCGGUGCCCCAUCUGGAAAAAAUGGAUGACGAAAGUAUGAGACUCGUCGGCUGGGUGGUCACCAACCCGUGGACCUAUACCUUCAAUGAUAUCAGACUUUUGAAUCCAAAAUAUUUCCAAACAUACAAGCCACAUCUUUUAGACCUACUGAAUGAUUUAGAAGACUUGUCAGACUUUUGCAUCGGUGAGAUAACAAAAUCUUGCCACCUUAAGGAUAAGUGCUUGAAUUAUAUUCUGAAAGACGACACCAUGUCUUAUGAGUUGACUCAUCAGAGGCGACACUCGAAGAAGAGCCACAACAACCGCAAAAACGAUAACGUCACCGACGACAACAACAACAACUACAUCGACCUAGUGACCAGGGAUGCGAGGUUGCUGCACAACGACCCUUUGAGGCAUCUGGAGGAAAAAUAUUGCACGUACAGUUUCAUUGAGAUGAGUAUGAUCUUGAAGAAGCACGAUUCACUCAUACCACUGCAUCUCAUAGACAUCUUUGCUGAACAUAUUACUGAGUUUGAACAGAUGCACAUGUGA